ACCUUCACACUACGCUGUGAUUGCUUUACUCACUGAGGUAGAAAGAGAAGCGGGGUGAAUAUAUAAAUGACACUGAAAGUAUUUUUUUAUGCCACUUUUCAUCAGACCUUGCUCAAAACGAGUUCGAAAUGAUCAAGGAAUUUCUUGAAAGUUUAGAAGAUGCAAACAGACCUCUUUUUGGUCCAAACUAUUGGCUUUUAAAUAAAAUUGGGCUGCUGCUUCCCAAAAAGUGGAUGGAUAAAAUUUGGAAUAUAAUCAUAUACGAGAUUGUUACGUUUUUCGUAUUCACCCAGUACAUGGAACUCUACGUAACAAGAUCAGACUUGGAUCUCGUAUUGACUAACCUGAGGACUUCUAUGCUUAGCAUCAUCUGUGUAAUUAAAGCAAAUACAUUUGUAUUUUGGCAAGGAAAUUGGCGUCAAGUCAUUGACUACAUGACUGAAGCUGACAAGUUUGAAAGGGAUAAUCAGGAUGAAGCUAAAGGAAAUAUUAUCAACACUUACACCAGAUAUUGUCGACGCGUGACUUAUUUUUACUGGGUUUUGGUUUUUACUACUUUCUUUACUACUGUUACUCAACCAUUAAUGAAGUAUUGUUCAUCGGAGACGUUUCGGGAGGGAUUUCACAACGGAACUGAACCAUUUCCCCACAUAUUCAUCUCAUGGAUGCCUUUUGAUACAGAGAAGUCCCCAGGGUGCUGGAUUACUAUUAUGUGGCACACCGUGGUAUGUGCUUAUGGGGGGUUUAUAAUGGCUGCUUAUGACACUAGUGUCAUGGUGAUAUUGGUUUAUUUUGGUGGAAAAUUAGACCUUCUUCGAAUAAGAUGCAGGGAGAUGCUGGGCACGGAAGGGAAAGGAGUAAGUGAUAAAAAUGCAGAGAAAGUGGUCCGACAACUCCAUCAAAUUCAUGUUCUACUUCUGAAGCAUUCCAGAUUGUUCAACUCAGUUUUGUCACCUGUGAUGUUUUGCUAUGUCGUCAUGUGCUCACUGAUGAUCUGCGCCAGUGCUUACCAACUAACCUCUGCAACAAAUACAACGCAAAAACUUUUGAUGGCAGAAUUUUUAAUAUUUGGCAUUGCUCAGCUGUUUAUGUUUUGUUGGCAUAGCAAUGGUGUUCUUUACAAGAGUCGGGCUGUUAUGAUGGGGCCGUACGAGAGUGACUGGUGGGCAGCCAAUCUUCAACAGCGGAAAAACGUUCUGAUUCUUCAGGGGCAGAUGCGACUCCAUACAUGAACUUGUAUUUUUGCUAUGGAAACUCAAAACCCACAAGAGCGGACUGUACCAAUACAGUAUGUUCGGGGUUCGAGAGCAUUUAGACAAUUUAAAAAUCCACCUCAGCCCCAUAUGUGCAUUCAAGAUACUAUACGGGAUACUUCCGAGAAAUUGUUCAUUAAUGUGUUGGGAUGGCAGAAAAUCGCGAAUCCGAAGCAAUAUUCAGAUCCUAUACCUCUUUACGGAGGAAUGCAGGUGCCGCAGGGCUGCGGACCCAACAGCACUCGGCCACCACUGCUGGUAUUUGCUGUGAUGGUGAAUCCAGAUAUCCUGAAGGCUAAUGGGAAAAAUGCUGCCAAUCCUAGUGAUAGAGAAGCCCUAGUGAGUUUGCUCUGCGACUUUGUUGAGGCUAUGAACCAAGGGCUGGUGCUAGCACGGAACCCAACUAUUUUAAAGGACCGCGACCUGGCGGGUGAGCUCAAAGACGUAUGGCUCGCAGUACAGAACAAGAGAGAAAGGGAAAAAGGCAGCCAGGAUGUCAUGUAUAAGGUUUACGAUAUCGACGGUAUAGGCAGCGAUGAGCCGGAAGACUCACGCGACCAAGGCAAGAAAACGGUGAAAUCAUCCAAACAGAUACUGCUCAACGCCGGACAGAAGUCGGAGUUUGACUCUGGCAUGAACAACUGUCAGAUCAAUCAAAGCCAUGUCAAUAAUACUGACAAUACUACGUAUUGUACCCCAGUAUACGGACAAAUAGUUUCAAGCAGAGAAAACCACAAUCAAAUCAAUGACAUACAGCAGAAACUGUCAUCCAACGAAACCAAACCAUCUACAUCAUUCCGGAAAGACUGGAACACGGUCCACGGGAAGACUCCAGAGGGCUGGGACGAGUUCUCCAAACGGAACAUAUCCACCAUCAAGAGCGGCGAAGAGAAGAAAUCUGAAAAGAAAGUCAACGGGAAGCCACAAUAUGACUUCUUUCCUGUGUUUGACAAUAAGGAAGAUUCUCCGGAGAACUCUGAGGUCAGUGAGGAUAUUAUAGACUCAAUGCAGAAAUUAGUUCUGCGUUCGACUGAUAAAAAAAUUUGUGAUAAUAAUACAAGUGCUCUCAGCUCUUUAAGCUCGUAGUUUGCUUUUAACGCAUUGUUGGGAACUAGUCAGGUUCAAUGUAACGGUAACUGACCAUUUGUAAGAUGUUUUUAAAUCACAGAUACAAAAAUUUGACUUUUAUUGGCCAAUUUAGAUCGCGAGCCAGCUGACUUCCCACCGCGAUAUAGCUGGCUGACGAUAUAAUUUAUGCAAUUUAACUAUCAUCUGACAAAGUUUCAAUUGGAAUGCGAUGACAAAAAAUUUUUUUACGUGUUUGGGUGGCUGCCAUUCCUCUAACCACCAACGGAGCAGCUGCUGACGUCUACGAGGGCUCGUUACACAUCUCCCUUAGUCUAUGUUGCUGUGCGUCUAAUCAUUCACCUCAACUCUUUGCCGAAUACCUAAACUACUCAAUCACCAUCCUUCAGUACCCAUCGUUAAGACAAAUUGAGCCAAUUAAACUGAUAUUUUUAGUGUCUGGUAUAUAAAUACAAUGUAUAGGCCUUAUGCAGUUGCAAUAAGUUUUACGAAUGAUCAGUUAAUUGAUUAACGAUAUAUCGAGCGAUUUGUCAAUUUUACUGACAAUAUUGAAAUCUGACCACAAUACAGAUAUUCUAAGUAUUCUAACUCAGGAUUUCUUGACAUUUUGUAAAAUUACAAUGUGCCUAUUUUUCAAUGUUGUCAGUGAAACCAAACAUUAGAAAUAAACGCAGUUUUGAUUUACUCCUGAAAUUGAAACGAAUGAAACUCGAACAAAUUGUACAUGAUAAAUCUCAUUGUUAAUCAAAUUUUGUAUGAAUGAGAGUGAAAAUUAGUUUAGAUAGCUCUUUGUUGGUGUAUGACAUCGAAUUGAACAGUAAACUAUUUAAAUGUAUUUUCAUCAUUUCUAUUGGAGGGUUUUUACAGGAAUACAUAACGCAUUGAUUUUCUGAAAUGCCCAAUUAUAAUAAGGACUUAACUCGUAUUUCUAGCGAUUAAAAAAACCUUUAGCUCAAUGUGAAACAAGAGCCUAAAAUCACAUGGCAAACUUGUUGACAAUAGGGUAGUGUCCGAACGCCAUUUAAAAACUCAUAAUGGCGGUCGAAGUGGCAAUAAGUUUCGGUUCUUUCAUUAAUUUUUUAGGGUAUUUUUAAAAAUGAUUGCUGUAAAACAAUUUAUGGAGAGAACACUACCCUAUAAGUACUAUUUGUGCACAGAACAAGGACGUUUCCGUCCGAAAUUUCAACAGAAAUUCUGAUAGAAACGUCUUUAUUGCACUUGAAGCAUAAUGGAAAGCCACAUUUUGUUUUCUGUGACUACCCUCAGUACCCAGUAUUGUGUGAGCUUUGUGUGUGCGAGAUAUUGGUGAAUUUGUACAUUCAUGCUAUGUUUAUCAUUGUUGCCAAGUUUUUUAAUAUUUAAAUAUAAAUACGGCAACCUCAUAUCGCGAUAUAGUUCACGGUUGUUUUUGAGUGUCGGAGGAACGAAUUAAUUACCUAGUUUUUUUUCGCUGAUUAUUAUGAUUUUUUUAAUUAUGCGCUAGUUGGUAAAAAUAGGGUUAAAAGCUUAAAUACUUUUAGGGUAAUUUCUCAACAUCUGUAGUGUAGAACUUAGCUCCGGUUUAAAAUCUUAGCUAAAACAUUAAAUCUGUAUGUACCAUAAAAUUACAUUUCAAAUAGACAAUCACUUUCUUUUCUUCUUUCCAUUACACUUAUAUUUCCAUUCUUGAUUUACAAUAUACAUAUAAUACAAACCAAGAUGCUUCAGACCAUUUUGUACUUUGACAAAUAUGACCUUAAACAGAUUUUUCCCUUAGUCUUUUGAAAGUUACUUGACAGAUACUUUUACUCGUCAUUUAAAGAGAAUAACCCUGCAAAAACAUCAAGGAUAGGCGAACAUUUUUGUUUUACAUGCAAUCUUCAGUAAGUUCAGUACCUAAUUAAAAUCCUUGGUUAACCUCAAAGCAUGCCUUCUAUUUGAUUCAUUCCUCCGACACUCCUUUGAUCUCAGCUCGCAUUUUAACUUAGACCUUAGUUCUACGUCCUACAGCCUGUCCAACACAGCCAGACGAUGCUUCUACCCGCGGCAGACUGAUUUAUAAAGUCAAUAUACUGCGUGUAAUACAUUCACUGUGUAUAAUUUGUAUAAAAUCAGAAUUGUGUGUCGGACAACGCAUAGUGAAGGAUUCCGUUAUUUCCAUGCCUUCUCUAUCAUAAUUUACGAAGAAAGCACCACACAAAAUGAAAUUCUUAUGUACUUUUGAUGAAGUUUUUUAAGGAAAUUUAAAUUCUAACUUUCUUCAUUAUUUCAUGUAAUUUAGUAAAGAAGAGGGCCCUCCCUCUUCUUUACUAAGUGACAUUUUUAAAAUUUUUAGAAAGAUUAUUUCUAAAUAAUUUUUUUUUUACAAUAUUUUUGUUAUUGACAUUACAUAACUGAUAGUUUUUAAUACUUUUGUUAGACAGUGAAUGUGUUAUUUCUAUAGAUCACAAUUUAAAAAAAACGGUCUGCCACUAUCUAAUCUACAAUAUACACCUUUCGACUUAAUGUUAACUUAGUUAGAAUUUUGUAACAUUUGUAUUUCAAGCCCAGAACAAAUAUAUCAUAGCGUAGAUUUUAUAUGGUUGUUUAGUCCGUAAUAUAUAAUAUACCAGUCUUAUGUGCAAUCUUCACAUCACAUAUAUUUGUAUGUACAUAAUUUAUGAGUUUCAAUAUUUAAUCACACAGUCGUAUUAUUUACAAAUCGACUAACUUUCGUCUAUACGUGACGUUCUCAGGAAAAAGUAAUGGAGUACAUUUCUCUUUUACUUUUGAAUAUAUUUAAAGAUUAAAAUUCAAACGCUCGAAUCAUUUUAUUGUGUUCUUGGUGUUAUAAUGACAGUUUAAAUUGUAUUUUUUUUUUAUUUAGCUACGCAGUUAAAAUAUUGGCAUUAUAGGUAAGUAAACUGAUAUUUAUCUCUAUCUAUAUUAUCUGAAUGACAGCUAUUUCAGAGUUAGGUUAUAUUUAUUUUAAACACCUUAUCCUUAUUUUAUUUAAAUUAAACCUAAAUAUGAAGCCCAAGUCUGAUUUAGUGUAUUUAUUUGUACCAAAUCUUAGUGUUUUCCAUACGGAUCUUAAAAAUAAUAAUUAAAAAAAAUGUGAUUCUAUCGUUCGACCAAUGACAUAAUUCCACAGAUGCAAAAUGUUUAUCUCAUUGGCUGAAUAACCAAGUUCCAUAUUAUGGAAUAAAAUGGAGAUUUAUAUUAGAUGACAUCUGAUGUAUACUCUAUCAAGCUAUUUCCGCCAGCAGAAAAGAGCGGCAAAUUUAAAAAACGUAGGCGCGAAUUGUUAUCGUCCUAUAGAAAAUUUGAAUUUCGCGCCCUUUUCUACUGACAAACUUGUUUGACCGGCAAUAUACCUUUACGGAUUAUAUCCUAAACGUAUGUUGUAUAGCAGUUUUACAGAUCUAAGAAAGUCUUCAUUUUAUUUUAUAGAAUCAUUGAAGGAUAUUUCUUAGAAAGUUAUUUAAUGAUGACUAUCACAAAUGUAGGUAUAAAUGUUUAUAAUAUUUUAUAUUGAAUACAUAGUGUUUAGACAUGGGUUAGUCUGAAGUGAGCUUUUAAAUUUACAUUGUGUCAAGUUUCAAAAUGGACGCAAUACAAAUUGCUUGUCAUAUAAAGAAGAGACGCUUUCUAAAUAGGUUUUCGUACAUUGACCCGCCUGUUGCUAUCUCUAUUGCACGCGCAUAAUUAUAUCGCUAUCAAACUCGCACACUGACAUUGACAUCCGACAUCAUGAGCGACAGCAAUAUAAUUAUGCGCGUGCAAUAGAGAUAGCGACAGGCGGGUGAAUGUACGAAAAUGUACUUGGAAUGCUUCUCUGCUUUAGUUUCAGAAAGUAACCUCAAAUCAAACGGUUAUGCUUAUGUAUUCAAUGUACCUAAGUAGCUAAAUAUCUUAUAUUUAGUUGCCGUGUGUGAUAUUGAAAUCACAAGAAAUGUUACUGACGCGUCAAAAAAUAUUCCUCAUGUUUCAGUAAUUUUAUAAAAACACAAGUUGCAAUUUUACAAGUGUAAACUGGCAACAUUACAGGUAGGGACAAACUGAGCCAGCGCAACGAAUGCAAUGCAUUAUGAAAUCUGGACCCUGAAAUUUGUAUGCUUAUAUUCUGAUUUGUAAUUACAUUCCUAAAAACUAACCUCACUCAAAUCCUUUUUCUUUCGUAAUAAUGGAGAAUAUGUAAAGAAGUAAACUCAAAUUUUCCUUUUGCAUACUCUAGCAUUUAAAAUAAAUAAAGAUGUAUCCUUUUAGCUUUGUUUAGUUUCUUAAAACAUACGGAAAAGAGAAAAAGUGAGGUUAGAUUAUUGACAUUUAAUUAUAAAUCAGUUUAAAGACAUACUUGUCAUGCGUCGCGUUGCGCAUGACAAGUAUGUUUCUAUUAAGCAUAUAAAUUUCAGGGUCCAGAUUUCAUAUGCAUUGCAUUCGUUGCGUGCGUGGACUCAGUUUGUCCCUACCUUUAUGCGAUUAACAUUUUCUCGACCAAUGAUUAGCCUUUUGACCGGUGUUGCCAGUUUAGUCUUGUAAAAUUUGUAACUUGAAGCUUUAUAAAAUUGGGUCCGGCAACUGAAAGUGGAAUAAAUUAAAUUCAAUUACAUGGCAACACUAAACGUCAUCCAGACAAAUCAAGGCAGUGUUGCCACGUUAUAGUUUAUAGGCGGACCGCUGUCUUUCGCAUUUAUUUCGUUUUAGUGUCUGUAAAAAUAUUUUCUGACGUGCUACUUUUUGUAUUUACUUAGUCAUAUUUUAGAGAGAGAGUAUUCCUAAUUUUAUUAAUUUAGACAACUUUUGUGCCCUAGGCAGUGAUGGUAAAUAGUGCUAAUAUUGUUCCUUUACGAGUUGUAUAUUAUUUUCUAGAUGUAUUUCGAUCGUAUUAUAACCAUUGACUAGUCUAUUUUUACAUUAUUUAUUCUUCUUAUAUUAUAUUUUCAUAUUCUGUUAGUUUUUAAUAGGUCUACCUCGAAUAUUAUUGAACAUAUUUGGAACUAUAAUCAAUGCAUAUUUCUUUAACUGUAAAUUUAUCAGUGUUAAAAGCCCCCUUAUAAUGUUAAUUUCUAUCUAUGAAGUAAUAUUUCAAUGUAAGCUCUUAAUGAAAAAAAAAAAACUACAGAUAAAGUGCGACAUAAAAUAGUAGAAAAAUAAAAUGGAACUAAAAAAUGUCCAUACUAAAUUGUUGCCAUGUUUAGUUUAGGCAUUUUACGUCAAAAAUGUGACAGUGACGUAGGAAGUGGCGCCCUCAAUUAUUUUCUACAAUUUCUUGUCGAACUAUAAAAGGGUCUUUCUAAUGCUGAUAUGUUUGAUCUUAGACGUUGUAUGUUGCAAUGUAAAGGAAUUAUGUCAGAUCUCUCGUUUACAGUAUUUAAAUUACAUAUUGUCAUUUACAAGACUGG